AUGGCCCAAAAGGAAUCCACUGCGACCGGCGGCGACAACAGUGUAGCUCAUGGAAACAACGCAAGAAGAACCCUCUACACCCAGCGAAUGCUGUCGGCGUUGGAUAUGGGCAGUUUUAUCAAGCAAGCCAAACGCCUAAGCACUACCGUGCCAUCGGUUUCGUCAAGUGAUGACGAACAACAAGGCUCCGGUUCGUCGGACGAUUCGGAGGAGUUUGGUAGUAAAUUUUUUCACCAAACCGCGGCACGUUCUAAUCGAGAGCGAAUGUUCGAUUUUAGCACCGUCGGUAGUGAGCGACUGUGGCUUAAAAAUUUACUUCUAUCGGAAACGGAAACAGAAAGUGAGAUUUCAGACGUAGAUGACUACAUUCAACAAAUGUUAAAAGACCAUCUAUGGGAGAAAAAGAUUCGAGAGAAAUACAACAACUCACCAAACAAUUCUCAGUAUGGAUACUACAGUGCUGGAUUUUUGUCGGAUAGCGACAUAUUUCCAGACCAUCGUCGAUCUCUGGCUGGAAAGCGCAAGUGUAAGCUCGAUCACGGCACGGGCAAAACGAAAGGAGUUAGGAAAAGGCUUAAACAUGGGAAAAAGCGCGACGAUGCAGCCGAAAGUAGCGGAUACGCUGCCGAUGGUGGAAGCAGCUCCUCCAUCAGGGCCUUGGUGGCUGGCUCAUCUGAUGGUGGCGGUCCGUACGAUGGGACGACCGGGCACGAUGGUCAGGUGAUGGGUCCCGGCAAGCGUGGACGUAAAAUGCGUAUAAAAACACCGGAAGUGAUGAACAUUCGGCGGCGCAAAAUGUGGCAGCUGAUGGCGAAGAAGGAAGUUGGAAAGCUUCAGCGAGCAAAGGUUAAUAAUCAUAAAGACACAAUCACGAAUUGUCGUCGUGUAGCUGCUUUCUGUAUGCGCGUUGCGCGCCAAAAAGCCAUGCAAUCUCAAAAGCUCAUGAAGGACACGGUUUGGCGGGCAAAGCGCCUGACUCGUGAGAUGCAAGUGUACUGGAAGCGCUACGAUAAGGUGGAACGUGAAACGAAACGCCGCAUGGAACGGGAAGCCGAAGAGCAGCGCAAGAUUGAUGUGGAAAUCGUAGAAGCCAAGCGGCAGCAACGGAAGCUCAACUUUCUCAUCACCCAAACGGAGCUCUACGCGCAUUUCAUGUCGCGCAAAUUGGGAAACGUAUCUGCAGAGGAGCAGCUUAAGAUUCUUUCGCAACUCGAUGAGGAAAGUAACCCGCGGCUAGCCGCCAUCGACAAUUACGAUUGCGAGCGCAUGAAGCAGCUUGCGCAGAAAAAUGCCACCGAAGCGUUUCAGCAUGAGCGAGCACGGACAAAUCAGUUCGAUGUGAACCACAUGGAUCAGGCACCGUCGCCGAAGGAGCAACCUGAUUCAUUUGACGAACCUGAACCAAAUGAUACCACAGUCACCACGGUCCAACAGAACGGCGGAAUCGCAGAGCUUCCCCAGCCGUCGAUGUUCCGAGGCCGGUUAAAGGGAUAUCAGCUCAAAGGUGUAGCUUGGUUGGCAAACUUGUACGAUCAAGGUAUCAGCGGCAUUCUGGCCGACGAGAUGGGUCUGGGUAAAACAGUCCAAUCGAUCGCUUUUCUCUGCCACAUCGCCGAGCAUUACGGAGUUUGGGGGCCUUUUCUAGUGAUUUCUCCUGCCUCCACGCUGCAUAAUUGGCAGCAGGAGAUGGAGCGCUUUGUGCCCGAGUUCAACGUCGUACCGUACUGGGGUUCGCCGAACGAGCGCAAGAUUUUACGCCAGUUUUGGGAGCAAAAACAUUUGCACACAAAAGAUGCUAGCUUUCACGUGGUCAUCACCAGUUACCAGUUGGUUGUGGCCGACUAUAAGUACUUCAAUCGAAUCAAAUGGCAGUACAUGGUACUGGAUGAGGCGCAAGCAAUCAAGAGCUCCAACUCUAUGCGGUGGAAACUCCUGCUUGGCUUCAACUGUCGCAAUCGAUUACUGCUAAGCGGGACACCUAUACAAAACAGUAUGGCCGAGUUGUGGGCGCUGCUACAUUUCAUCAUGCCAACGCUGUUUGACUCGCACGAUGAGUUUAACGAGUGGUUUUCGAAGGACAUUGAGAGUCACGCUGAAAAUAAAACGGGUAUUGAUGAAAAACAAAUUUCACGGCUACAUAUGAUAUUGAAGCCAUUUAUGUUGCGGCGCAUCAAAAAGGACGUAGAGAACGAGCUUUCCGAUAAGAUUGAAAUAAUGGUGUACUGUCCACUGACGACGCGGCAGAAGCUGCUGUAUGUUGCGUUGAAGAAGGAAAUAUGCAUAGAAGAUCUGCUGCAUCUAACGACUGUUGGAGCUGGUGGUACCGGUGAUGGGCAGUCGUUUGAUCGCAACUUUACGUCGAGCCUCAUGAACCUCGUCAUGCAGUUCCGCAAGGUGUGCAACCAUCCGGAGCUGUUUGAGCGGCGUGACGUUCGCAGUCCGUUCUGCAUAAAGUGGAAUUACGAAUUGGUGGAACGGCCCAUUUAUCGAAGGCAGCUACUCAUGGAUCAUACUGUCCCCAGCAAACGCCACUGGUUGCACAACAGGUGUUACAUAUUCAAAGCUUUUCAAGUACAAAGACGCAUUAUGAUGGAUGAACCCAUUUGUCUGCGAGGAAAACUCGGAUCAACGCUUCCAACAUCAAUUAGGCCACCAAAGGGAACUCUAUACGAUGAUUGGUGCACACCGUUCAGUUGUGCCCGGUUAGCGGGAGGUUUAUCACCAAAGCAAGUGGAACAAUAUGCGCGGAGGAACGUUUAUUGGUUCACGUAUCAAUUGAUCAAAGAAUGGACGCACUGGAUGACUAUUCUACACUUCCAAUGGGUAUGGAAAGAUACGGCAGCAGACCAGCGAUGGACGAAUCCGCGAUACAUUCUACUAGAACCAUCGGCCGAACGGUGGACAACAAGCUAUUUCCCAUGGAACACCAUGCGGCAGUUACUUUUUACGCGUUUCAGCAGUACGUCAUCGUCAUCCAUUCCAAUCUACACGUACCGUGACCAUGUGUUACACGCUAUGCCGGAGACGUUAGAUCAUCGCAUAAUGCGCAGUCGAAAGCAACAAACCGCCGGUCAACCACUAACCGCAUUGCUGCCGGAACUCCCGCACGUUCCCAAUGAUCAAACACCGCCCACCGUACUUUCAAAUGAACCUACUGUGAUGCCCAAGUUUCUCUGUCGACAUUACGCUAAAGUGCUCAACACCUCCGGAUGCACGGGUGCCAUGCUGCGGAAAACCUCCAACAAUCGGUUGCCUCACCUUUCCGGACAGUGGAGUUGCGUUGAAAUGGAACUUGCCGCCGAAAGUCAACUCAGAGAGCACGUUCAUGCGUCCUAUCCUCCCCACGGAUGGUCCAACAUUAUCAUUCCCGAUAAGCAAACGCUCGUAUCCGAUGCCGGUAAACUGGCUGUGCUGGAUUCGUUGCUAGCACGGCUCAAACAACAAGGGCACCGCGUGCUGAUUUAUUCGCAGAUGACGAAAAUGAUUGAUCUACUUGAGGAAUAUAUGUGGCAUCGAAAGCAUCGAUAUAUGCGGUUAGAUGGUUCGAGUAAAAUUUCCGAACGCCGCGAUAUGGUGGCUGACUUUCAGAACCGAGCAGAUAUUUUCGUUUUUCUGCUUUCUACGCGUGCCGGAGGAUUGGGUAUUAAUUUAACCGCUGCAGAUACUGUGAUUUUCUACGAUUCCGAUUGGAAUCCAACGGUCGAUCAACAAGCGAUGGAUCGGGCUCAUCGACUCGGUCAGACUAAGCAAGUUACCGUCUAUCGACUUAUUUGCAAGGGUACGAUUGAGGAAAGGAUAUUGCAGCGUGCGCGUGAAAAAAGCGAAAUUCAACGGAUGGUCAUCAAUGGCGACAAUUUCAAACCUGAUACUCUCAAACCAAAGGAGGUUGUUUCGUUACUGCUGGAUGAUGAGGAAAUCGAGUUGAAAUAUCGUCAAAAAACCGAAGAACGACGUUUGAUGGAAGAUUCAUCAGCCAAAGGCGCCAAAGAUCGGGAUCGGAAGCAGAAACAAGCAUCAGGCGAUCGAUUUGCCAAAGAUACGGGCAGCAGGGAUCGAAAGCGUGGUGCGGAACUGGGUUCGUUUGAUGAUGCGGGUAGUUUUGGGGACUCAGCGGCUCCUAGUCCGGCGCAAAGUGAACGUUCAAAUCUUAGCGAUAAUACGAACAAACCCUACGAUGCUUUAGAUGAUUCUAGCAAUGAAGCGGCAUCAAUGUCAUUCGAUAGUAUACGGGAGCGGGAUAGCAAAUCGCGCCCCGUAGCAAGAGGUACAAGUAAAAGAGGGCGACCUCGAGGCUCCCGGCGAGGAGGAGGGGUUGGUGCUGGCACUUCUAGACCUUUGGGGACACAACAGCAACUAUCAACCGAAGCAGGAAACAAUGCCUCAGUAUCAUCCAUGACGUCACCUGCAACGCCGUUGGCUGCACCAGUCAACACGACACCACAAGUAAGACGUGGACCAGGACGGCCACGACUAAAAACGAAUGGCCCUAGCAAUCAAGGCAUUCGGGGGGCUCAUGUGCGGCAGACAAUUAGGAUACGAAAACCAAUUGGACCACUCGUAGUGCCACUUGGAGGCCAAUCAGCUACCACCGGUGGCAAUCGGGUCAUACCGUCAUCUUCUACCUUUGUGCCCAGUCCUGCCACUCCGUCCAGUAGCUCCUACAAUAUAGUGGGUCCUUCAAAGUCAUCGUACGUUAGUUCCCCAGUAUCGACAAAUUCUUCACCUAACGUCCAACCACGAACGCCCGGAUUAACACCAUCCCGAGAGAGUUCCGUUGCCACACUAGCAGCAAAAAACCCAGAAACUCCCAAACAAACGAUACCGGCGACAGAUGAAGAUAGUGGAACAGAAUAGGUGUAACAAAAACCCAAUCAUUCAUACCUGACCAACCGAUUUGCAUGCAUGGAUUGUAAUUUAAACGGUAACACA